AUAAGGUUUUGUUAUGAAAAAAAAAAAGUGUGUAUAUAUAUAAAUAAUUACCCAAAUCCUAUUUUCUCUCGGACAGACCCCCUAACCCCCCACUCGGCCACUCCCAAAAAACUACCGCAUCCCACACCAUCUCCGCCACAUCUUCACAACCCCACCGUCCAUAGCUACCGCCUUCUUCUCCGGUAACCGCUUCGGGAAACUCCUUCUUCUUUUCUCGAUUUAUAUUUGUUUUGAUCUUAUUGGUAAAGAAGUGUGGCAAAGAGCUCUACUUAACCAGAAAAAGAAAUAAAAGGACAGGACAAAUAAUGGUGUAUUGUGAUCACUGUGUCCAAAAUGUUAGUGCGUUGAGAACUGAUUAUGGUUCUUUAUGUUGUGGCACAUGUGGUAAGGUGUUGCAAGAUUAUCUUUUUUCUGAAGAGGCCACAUUUGUGAAAAAUUCAUCUGGACAGAGCCAAUUAUCUGGCCAUUAUGUCAGAACAAUUCAAAGCGAAUUCUCUGCCUCACGUCAAAGGACUAUAGAUAGAGCUUUUGAGGAGAUCAAAUACUUAAGUUAUGGCCUUGGAGUGAACGAUGAUAACAUGACCGUGCAAGCUGUGGCCUUUUAUAGAAUAGCACUUGAGCGGAAUUUUACCCGGGGACGUAAAUCAGAGCAAGUGCAGGCUGCUUGUCUUUAUAUUGCAUUCCGGGAAAAUAAUAAGCCAUACCUUCUCAUUGAUUUUUCAAAUUAUUUAAGGAUAAAUGUUUAUGUUCUAGGUGCAGUUUUUUUACAGCUGUGUAAAGUAUUAAGGCUCGAAGAGCACCCAAUUGUUCAGAAGCCUGUUGAUCCCAGUCUUUUUAUUUAUAAAUACACAAAUAAUUUGUUAAAGGAAAGGAACUUGGUUGUCUCUGAAACUGCGCUGAGUAUUAUUGCUAGCAUGAAACGUGACUGGAUGCAGACAGGGAGAAAGCCAAGCGGAUUAUGUGGUGCAGCAUUAUAUAUGUCUGCUCUUGCAAAUGGUUUUAAGUGCUCUAAGUCAGACAUUCUAAGAAUCGUCCAUAUAUGUGAAGCAACUUUGACUAAGCGGUUGGUAGAGUUUGAGAAUACAGAGUCUGCUAGCUUGACAAUUGAGGAGUUGCAUACAAUGGCAAAAGAGCAUGAAAAGCAGCCAAUUAAGGUACCAAAUGGUGAAUUGAACAAAUGUACUUCCGAAGAUCUACUAUGUGAGCACAAGGGUACUGCUGUGCCUUAUUUUGCACUUGGACUGUGUGAAACAUGUUACAAGGAUUUUGAUAAACUCUCUGGUGGACUUGAUGGUGGCUUGGAUCCUCCUGCUUUCCAGCGUGCUGAGAGGGAGAGAAGGGCAAAAUCAGAUUCUGAGGAAAGUGCCAAUAGAACAGAUGAUAUGGUGAAAGCAUCAAAUGGUGAACAUGGAAGCCAAAAAGAGGGAUUACAUGCCUCAGAGCCAAAAAGUGUUGGAGAUAACUAUGAGCACACAGCCACUCAAGAUGGCAACCUUGAUGAAUCACAUGAAGAUGAUACGAAGACUAAAACUCAUGAUGAAUCAGAAAGUUUAUCUGAUAUUGAUGAUCUAGAGGUUGAUAGCUACCUUCACAAUGAGGAGGAAAAACAUUACAAGAAGAUUAUAUGGGAAAAUAUGAAUCGAGAAUAUCUUGAGGAACAAGCAGCUAAGGAAGCAGCUGCUGCUGCUGCUAAGAAAUUUGCCGAGGCAAAUUGUUCCGAAGAGGAGCUAGCAGCAAGAGAAUUUGCGAAAUCGGCUGCUGAUGCUGUGGCAAAGUCCAGAAAGGAAAUGAGACAAAAACGAGCUCAAGAGGCCAAAAAUUCUGGUCCUGCUCAAUCUGCUAUAGAGGCCACCCGGCAGAUGUUGAGAACAAAGAGGCUCAGCUCCAAAGUCAAUUAUGAUCGCUUAGAAAAGCUAUUUGGUGAUCCUGUAUCUACAGAAAAUCCCAAGAAAGUACGAUUUGAUCCAUCUUUGGACAACGAUGAAAAUAAAGAAUCCAAAUUAGAGGGAAAACUAAAGGAUGAUGAUGCAGUAGGAAUAGAAGAUGAAGUUGAGGAUGGUGACAUGACUGGAGAAUAUGAAGAUAAUAUGUAUCAGGAAAAUGGAGAUGAGGCAUAUGAGGAUGAAUAUUAUGACGAUGGUGAUUAUUGAAGAGCUUACAGCUUGUAUUCAUAGUUAUUUUCAGUUGUCUAUAGUAAUUCUUUUUAGGAAAAUAAAAAUACUAUUUUUUCUCACUUUAUAACUAUCAAGUAUAAACAUCACGGUUCCACUUCCACCACCUUCAUUUUUCUUCUUAGUUAAGCUUGACCUUCACUUAGGUUAAAGAUGAGCCAAGCUAGCUCGUGAGCUAACUCGAGUUCAACUUAUUAAUAACUCGGUAAGUUGAGUUCGUAAAUUUGUGAGCCGAGCUUCAACCACAAUUUGAGUUCAAAUAUUAAA